AUGUCUUUCGGCUCUGCAUUUUUGUUGAUUUGGGUGAUAAUUUAUUUCCCAUUUUCAACAGCAUGUUUACAAGAUGAGAAAAGUUAUUUGCUGGAUUUGAAGGCUGCUCUUAAUCUUUCCAUGUCUUCAGGUAGCUUAUCCUCUUCGCGGGGAUUGAAGUAUUGCGAGUGGGAGGGUGUUGGCUGUGAUUAUCAUACAUCCCAUGUCAUCCGCCUUGAGUUUGAUUAUUGGUACACCCAACAAGCAGAGCUUCAUCCAUCGCUGUUUAAUCUGCAACAUCUACAACACUUAGAUCUUAGCGGGAAUGACUUUCGAGGUAUUUCUAUUCCUCGCCAGUUGUCAAAACUGAAGAGUCUUACAUUUCUUAACUUGUCAUAUGCUGGAUUUGGAGGUGAAGUUCCUCUCGAGUUGGGAAAUAUGUCAAGCCUCCGACAUUUGGAUAUUUCAGAAAAUUACUAUGAAAUCAAAAUUUCAGAUACUGAGUGGCAAACAAUUUCUUUGAAGAGUAGUAAGUUUGAUGCAUUGGUCAGAAAUCUAAGAAGCCUGAGAUUCUUACAAAUGAAAGGAGUGAACCUGAAAAUGGCGACUGAGCACUGGGGUGGAGCCCUUAGCGAUCUUGCCAAUCUUAUCCAGAUUCACCUGUCUUAUUGUGGGCUCUCAGAUAUAAUAGAUCUAUCAGAUAAUGAGUUUAAUGGCUCUAUUCCUACAACAAAUGGCACAUUCUCUGCUCUAUCAGUGGUAGGGAAUAAUGUGAUUGGACAAAUCCCAAGUUCUAUAUGUACUGAUUCAUAUAAUUAUGAAUUUGUGCAAUUUUUGGACUUGUCAAAGAACAAGUUGAUUGGUAAUAUUCCUGCAAGCAUUGGGAGGUGUUAUGGAUUAUAUGUUUUAAAAUUGACUCAAAAUAUUUUGCAAGGGGAGAUUCCAGAGGAGUCGGGAAAUUUGACAUAUCUUCAAACAUUAAAUCUCAAUGGUAACAAGUUGCGAGGUAUUAUUCCUUCAUCUACUGUGAAUUACAAAGAUUAUCAAGUAUUUGAUUUGGGAAAUAAUAAAUUUGAAGGGAGCAUUCCUGUAUGGAUUGAAAAGAUGAUAGAUUUAAGAAUUUUCAUCUUAGCUUCUAAUAAGUUUACUGAUAGAAUUACCAUCCAUCUAUUCAAGAUGCAAAAUAUUCAAAUUUUAGAUUUAUCUGGUAAUCAAUUAUCUAGAAGUGUACCUCAAGAUGUUAGCAAGUUAUAUGCUAUGCUCAAUAAUACACAAUGUUUUGAGGUACAACAUUCCCAAUGUUCAAAACUUCUUGACAAUGUUGACAUGGAAUCUUUAUUCAAUUCUAUUGAUGAAGUAACGGUUUGGAUAAAAGGAAGGACAACUCCAUAUCAAAAGAUAAGCAGAGCAGACAAGUUCAUAGAUUUGUCACACAAUAAGUUAUCAGGCUUUAGAAACUAUCAAGUAAAUGCAAUUUACAGGCGUAAAUCCAGACUCGUCGGAUUAGAGCAAUUUGAAACAGCCCUUGUAGCUGUGUAUGAAAAAUGUGGAAGCGUAGGUAAGGCACGUGAAGUGCUUGACAGAAUGCCUAAAAAAACUGAGACUGUGUUCUCAGGAUAUUCACAAAAUGGAUUUGUCAAGAAGACUUUAGAAACUCUCAAGCAAAUGCUAUUGGCAGGUGUAAAGCCAGACUCUGCAGCCUUUGCCAGCAUUCUCGCAGCCAGUGCCGCAUGGGAGCUUUAA